UAGGCUGAUUUGAACCACAAGCUGGCCAUAUAAAAUGGUGAAGGUCGUUAUAAACCCCUCGGUGUCGGCCGGCUUGGUUGAAUUUUUGGGCAACAUUUAACCCACCAGUUCACACUCUUACCAUCUGCUUCACAGAAAGACUGUUCAGAAUAUCGAAAACCAAGACCGGGAAAAGCAACCAUGGGCAUUAGCGAAACCCUUCAAUUUGACGCCGACGAGUACCGCAGGGAGGUUGCCGGCUACUCGGCCUCGAGGCUCCUCAGUGUCGAGGCACCCACGGCGCGCAAGCUAGUGGCGAGCACCGUCGCCGUUGGGGGGGGCAUGGGUAGUGCUGUCAUGACUGGCGGCCUAUCGCUCGGGUUCGCCGCGUACAAGAUGCGCAGCGCCUGGGUCUCGGACAAGAAGCGCGCGAUUCAGCACGCGGAGCUUGUGAAGCGCGGCAUCGCGCCGCACCACAUCGACGUGAAGGACGUCGCGGUCGGGGCCACCGUGGGCCUCGUCGGGAUCGGCGUCGGCGUCGAGGUCGGCGACCUCAUCGAGGGCGUCACCAACGUCGAGCAGAUGGGCGCGGGCCUGCCCGAAGGCGCCAACGAGAGCACCGGCCUGACGACGAACUUUGACGCCGCCGCUGACGGCGCCGUCGCGCAGAUCGAGCAGCUCGGCAACGCCGUCGCCGGCGGCGACCCGACCGCCCUCGCCACGCCCGCCGCCGACGCCAUAGCCCACCACGCCGGCAUGGUGCAGGCCCAGAUCAUCGAGGAGCAGAUCGGCAGCACCGCCGCCGAGGCCCUGAUGCUGUCGCUAGCCAACAAGCCCGACCGCCCAAGCGCGAAGUGCCCGCGCGCUGGGAAGAUCACCCGGCUGUCCUGCAACCGCUGCCGCGAGGUCAUCCAGCCGGGCGAGUGCUAUAUCCACUGCUGCAUCUGCAACCAGGAUAACUACGACGUGUGCCUUGGGUGCGCCGGCAAGGGCCUCGUCUGCAAGGUCAAGAGCCACAAGGUCAAGAAGUUCCUGAACCCGAAGAAGUAACCAAGGGACCGGGCAAUCUAUGUCGCUGUCGAGGGUGUGGUGCACACGGUAGUAAGUAAUAGGGAUAUUCGGGUAUAUAUUGUGCGGAAGGGAG